CCAUGACUGCAGCAUUGAGGAGGAUCACUUGGCUCCCAUGCUCAGUCCAUGUCUAAAACAAAUUGUUGUCAGACAUGGGAAUGUGUUGUGACGCGUUUGUUGAUACUAUCACACGCGCUCGUGUGCUGGUGGUGCUUUUCAAAACCCACCAGGCGACCCUUCAUUUUUUUAGGAAGUGCAGCCCCAACCUCGGUCUUGUUCUUUCAUGCGAGACGCGGUUUGCGUUUGUGCACUUCAUGUUGGAGAGGCUCAUGGCCCUGCAGGACACUUUGCAAGACAUGAUGCGAGGGGAUGAUGCGCGGGGUUUUGCCUCCAUCCCGUGGUCUGCCGAUGUUUGCUACAUGGCGCGUUGGGUGCGCCGACAGAUCAGAUGGGAUCCUUGGUGGCAGAGGGUGGCCACCAUUGUCCAUAACAUGGAGCCUGUGAUGCAGUUGCUUCGGCGGAUGGAUCGUGGAGGGCAGUUCAUGUCGCUCAUGCUCGAAUGGGUACAAGAUCUUAUGCAGCGGGUGAAGGAGGCAUACGCUCCUUUGGGGUCGUCGAUCGCAGACCGGAUCAUGAGGCAUGAGUACCAUGCUUGGCUUGUCAGGCAAGCCAAGAGGUACAUUCUGACGCAGACGGGUUUCGAGUUGGAGGGUGCGGAGUACCUCCUUGCCCGCCGACAGUUCGAGGACUUCCACAUGCAGCAGGGCAGGUUUGAUGAUUGGGGCGGGGCAAAGGGGCGUGCUCGUGGGCGGGGGUGUAGCGAUGACGCCGAGACGAUCGAGUGCGCGUCUUGGUGGUCCUUGUACGGGGCUGAUGCCCCUGAUUUGCAGUUGCGCGCUCUUCGUGUGAUGCACAUGUGGUCUUGCGCCUCUCCAGCGGAGAGGAACAGAGCAGUCCAUGAGGGCAUCCACAUGAAGAAGCGCAACAGGUUCGCCUUUGAGAAGGUCGUGCAACUCGUUGAGAUCACCGCAAAUGUGCGGUUGAAAGAGUAUCGGUGGGCAGGAUGCGGCUACGUGCUGCCAUGGCAGUGUGACGAGGGGAUGUUAAACUGCCGGGCAGGACUGGAGGUUGAGCUGGUGCGCACGGGCACACGCCAGGGGAUGACGGCGACAGAGAUUGUAGAAGGCGGGGCCUCUAAUGCCGACACGAGCCGUGCAGAGGUGGGGACGCUGACUCCUGCUCCUGCGGGCCGAGAGCCGACCGUUCAGCUACCUCCUGCGCCGAGUCCUGCACCGCCCACCCCAGUCUCGCCUCUUCACCCGGCCACUACACUGGCGGAGACGGAGGAGUUGGCAUCCUCCUUGCCUCCACACGGGCUUCUCCAGAGAUCGACGGUGGUUCGACAGCUGAGGUUACGAUCACCUUUCCCGGGGGUAUUGCAGGAGGAGGGGGAUGUGGCAACAGCGGCGCAGGAGGCACCAACUGUCUCGACAGCGAGGGAGGAGGUGCCAGCACAGGCGACGGCUGAGAAGGAGUUAGCGGCAGUGGCGCCACAAGAAGCCAUUCCUAUGAAUCAUGAUGGUGCGGGCAUCGAUGAGAAGCUCGAGACAACACCACAUAUGGGAGACAUGCCACCCCCUCCUCCUAGACCACCUGUAGGUGAUCCAUCAUCGUCGCUCACAGGUACAGGCUCUCGAUCCCCACAGACGCCUGGGAGAUCGAGGAUUCGUAACACGAUUGUAGUUCAUCGGGACGUGUGUGACAUGACAUUAUUCGAGAGGACAAACAUAAAUUUGGAUUCCACCAGCCGUGUCACGGAGCACACUGCACACCUUCUGUCGGGCUUGGGACCCCCCGGCGUCAGGACGACCGCAGCGAGGGAGGUACCAGCAUCAGGUUGUGAGCCUCAGCAAGGUUGCCACAGAGGAGUGUCCACCGAGACCUUGGAGCACGCUCUGAGAGCAGCGACGUGUGCUGUGUAUGAAUACACUCCAAGCAAGCAUGGAGUGCCUCCUCGUCCAUGCCCUGUGGCUGCGGAGGGAGGUGCUGCGCUUGGAGAGAGCUUGGGGGCGGAGAGGUUGGGGAUGCCUCCUGGAUCCCGCGGUGAGCAGCCGGUUGCAGGGGCUAGUGCGAGGGUUGUUGUGUUGAGGAAGGGAGGAGGCCUUGUCACGGUCGAGGAGGAUGAUCUUGAGACGAAUGCGGCAGUGCGGGCGGAGGACAAGGACUACAAGGGCGAGGAGGAGGGUGAGGAGGAGAGCGAGAGCGGUUCCGGUGGUGACGACGACUACGACGAUGAUGGACCCACACCUCCCCCGCCGACACGUGCAUCUAGAGGCUCCGUUGAGCAGACUUCUUUAUCCGCACGAGGGAGGAGGAGGUCGACAUCCGACACUCGAGGGGGUAUGAGGAAACAAAGCGGGAAGGGGAAGAAGGGUCGUUGACCGUGAGGCCAGCACUCCGCUUUUCCCUACUCGCACUGUACUUCAUCAUGUUGUGCGGUUCUGCUUUUUUUUGUC